AUUCUGACAACAAGAAUGUAGUUAGAAUUUCCAAGCUUGCAAAAACCACAUUUUUACAGGACUCGCCCUCCCCCUAAUGGAAAACACAAUGAAUGGAUCCAUACAGAUGCACUUCUACACAAGAAAGGGAUACCUUUUUGUCUGUUUUUAGCACGUAGCCUAACUUCACUGGUGCCCAGUAAAAUAGGAACUGUAAUGUAAAAGUUUUUUCUUCACAGAAAUAACAAGAAAAAGCACAUAGCAUCUAAUGCUUCCAUCUUUGAUUAAAUUAUCAUGGGGCUUCCAAGAUCAGAUCAAUUAGGUUAGCCUGUUUUCCCCAAAAAAAUGCUUUUACUAAAGAAGCUCUUCCUAGAAACUACAUCAGAACCAACAGUGAUAAAUGGACUACAAACCAAAGAGUAGGAGCUCGUAUCCUCUACAGCUUUCAGAGAAAGGACAUGGUUUACUGUUAGUCCCCACAUCCAAAACUAGCUCUAAUUUCCUCCAGAGCAGUAGGCAGAAAAUAGGACCUUGGGGGAUCGGAGCGCUGGUUUGAGAAACACCUGAGAUAAAUUCCUAGUAGUUAAAAACUCAACACUAGCAGGCCUCCCAUGUGAAGGGUUUCACACUUACUCAAGGAAAGAGCCAUGAAGGCACAGCUGCCUGGUGCAAGACCUGCUGGAAGUAUUUGGGACAGAGAUAGGUAGUGAUGGCAGUCCAUUGCCUGUAACUGACCUAUCAACAUGAAACCUGGGAAAGCACCCUUCUAUCCCCCAGGUAGAACAAUGUACAUCACCUUGCCCAAGCUCGUAUGACUCUGAAGCACCCUGGGGUGGCAGGAGAACUGCACUCAAUUAAUACAAGAAGGUACUUCAAGAAGAACACAGGUCCCAGGAGGUCACUUUCUUUUGGACUCAUCAAUGUUUAGCAUGAAUGAAAGGCCCCAGAACACAGUUAAUCCUGUGGGUCAGCACUAGCACCGGCCCAGCCCAGCCUAUUGGGCCUGUGCUGUCUAGACAGACCCCACUGCUGGGAGAGGGAGCUAAUGUCCCAAUAUGUCUAGAAAGCUGGCAAGGCAAUUCAUACAAGGAAUUUGCCACUAAACUGCUUGAGGCCAGUGCUCAGCCUUUUUAUUCUGCUCCGCAGUUUAGAAACUUUCUUGAAAAGCCAGAAAAUCCAUCCAUGUAAGCAUAAUGUCAAGUGUAUCACCAACCAUUCAUCUUCAGGGUACUACAAAGUUGUUGAGUCUUCUGAAAGCCAUUGUGUUAGCUCCAAGAAGCCCAUCCAAAAGCUGUCUUUCAAUAUAUCUUUCUACCAAACAAGUCUGUUUUUUACGAUAGGCCGGUAGGUGAGUUUAUUUCCUUCCUUGUCUUCAAACCCACUAGUACUUGGCCAUGAAAUUUCUCUGAAACACCUGUAACUUCCCAGCUUCAAAACACCCGGCACAGCUUCCAAUCCCGCAAUUGAGGCAGAGAGGUGGACAGCCCAAAGCUGCCUCUUAGGGUAGGCGGUCGGUUGGAGACACGGGUGCAUUGGCCAACGGAGGAGGCGUCUGGGCCUGCGGAGGAGGCGUCUGGGCCUGCGCAGGAGGCCCCGCCUUGGAGCCAACGUGACCCUGCAUAGCACCCGGACACAUGUGGCCAGGGUCUCUACGUCAGUUAUGACGGUUGAAGUGCAGACUUACCAAAAUAAGCCUGUAAGUCCAGCUGUGAGCAGGGUGUUGUGUUCUUCGAUUCCAGCAAGCCAGAUUGUCAUAAAUGGACACUGACAUGGACUACGAAAGACCCAACGUUGAAACCAUCAAGUGCGUUGUCGUGGGUGACAACGCAGUGGGGAAGACACGGCUGAUCUGUGCCAGAGCAUGCAACACUACGCUGACGCAGUAUCAGCUGCUGGCCACCCAUGUGCCAACCGUAUGGGCCAUCGACCAGUACCGUGUCUGCCAGGAGGUCUUGGAGCGAUCCCGGGAUGUUGUGGACGAAGUGAGCGUCUCUCUCAGGCUCUGGGAUACUUUUGGUGAUCAUCACAAAGACAGGCGUUUUGCUUAUGGCAGGUCCGAUGUUGUGGUCCUCUGUUUUUCGAUCGCUAACCCCAAUUCCCUAAAUCAUGUGAAAACCAUGUGGUAUCAAGAAAUCAAGCACUUUUGCCCUCGUACACCUGUUGUCCUAGUUGGCUGCCAGCUCGACCUCCGCUAUGCCGAUCUUGAAGCUGUGAAUCGAGCCAGACGCCCUUUAGCAAGGCCCAUAAAGAGAGGGGAUAUUCUGCCCCCAGAAAAAGGGCGAGAGGUUGCAAAGGAACUUGGCAUACCAUACUAUGAAACAAGUGUAUUUGACCAAUUCGGAAUCAAGGAUGUGUUUGACAAUGCAAUACGAGCCGCGCUGAUUUCUCGCCGCCACCUGCAGUUCUGGAAAUCUCACUUAAAGAAAGUCCAGAAACCUUUGCUUCAGGCCCCUUUCCUACCUCCAAAAGCCCCUCCACCGGUCAUCAAGAUUCCAGAGUGUCCUUCCACGGGGAUGAAUGAAGCUGCCUGUUUACUGGACAGUCCCCUGUGUGCGGAUGUCCUGUUCAUCCUGCAGGACCAGGAGCACAUCUUUGCACAUCGGAUUUACCUCGCUACCUCUUCUUCCAAAUUCUACGAUCUUUUUUUAAUGGAAUGUGAAGAAUUCCCCAAUUGGGGUGAAGGAGUGUGUGAGAAAGAGAAGCAGAGCACGGAUUUCCAGGGGCGGACUUUGAGUCCUGACCUAGAUGGGGAGAGGGAGGAAGGCCUGCCUCGGACACCCCAGGCUGAUCAAGGGAAGUCGUCACAGAAAUUCCUGCUGGAGGCCACGGGGCCGGAAGCUGAGGGCUCAACUCCCGAGACACAGACUUUGGCCGGCUGGAGUAAGGGGUUCAUUGACAUGCACAAGGAGAUGCAAGUCAAUCCCAUUUCAAAGCGAGUGGGCCCCGUGACGGUGGUCAGAAUGGACUCCUCCGUCCAGCCAGGCCCUUUCCGCACCCUGCUCCAGUUUCUUUAUACAGGGCAACUGGAUGAAAAGGAAAAGGAUUUGGUCGGCCUGGCUCAGAUCGCAGAGGUCCUAGAGAUGUUUGAUUUGAGGAUGAUGGUGGAAAACAUCAUGAACAAGGAAGCUUUCAUGAACCAAGAGAUUACAAAAGCUUUCCACGUCAGGAAAGCCAAUCGGAUAAAAGAGUGUCUCAGCAAGGGGACCUUCUCAGAUGUGACCUUUAAGUUGGAUGAUGGUGCCAUCAGUGCCCACAAGCCACUGCUGAUCUGUAGCUGCGAGUGGAUGGCAGCCAUGUUUGGGGGGUCAUUUGUGGAAAGUGCCAACAGUGAGGUAUAUCUCCCGAACAUAAACAAGAUGUCAAUGCAAGCAGUAUUGGAUUAUCUCUAUACCAAGCAGUUGUCACCUAACUUGGACCUGGACCCACUGGAAUUAAUUGCUUUGGCAAACAGAUUUUGCCUGCCACACUUGGUUGCACUUGCAGAGCAGCACGCAGUCCAGGAGCUGACCAAGGCCGCCAUGAGUGGCGUGGGCAUUGACGGGGAAGUGCUUUCUUAUUUGGAAUUGGCCCAGUUUCACAACGCCCACCAAUUGGCCGCUUGGUGUUUGCACCACAUCUGCACCAACUACAACAGCGUUUGUUCCAAGUUCCGCAAGGAAAUCAAAUCAAAAUCUGCAGACAACCAAGAAUACUUUGAGCGGCACCGCUGGCCCCCUGUGUGGUACCUGAAGGAAGAGGACCACUACCAGCGCGUGAAAAGGGAACGCGAGAAGGAAGAUAUUGCACUCAAUAAACAUCACUCAAGACGAAAGUGGUGCUUCUGGAAUUCAUCUCCAGCAGUAGCCUGAAGAGGACAAGGACAGAGAAAUCAGACAUCUGAUACACCACUUUUUAAGGCACUACUGUAAAAUUAGUCUUCUUAGCGAUACGACGUAGUUCAGGUUUCAGGCACUGACCUGCCUCCACUUCUGUGCAUUUAUCUUUGUUAGGAUCAAAGCACAAGCUCACCACCAAUGAGCCUGGACAAAAAGGGAAGCUGACUCUCACUGCAUUCCUUAAACUGAUGUGUAUAUUUUUUUGUUAGGAGGCUUAAUAAACUUUAGUCCGUUAUUUUGUUUCUUUUUAUACAAAGACAAAAAAAUCCAGCUUUCAUGUUUCAGAUUCCAAAUUGGAAAAUAUUUUUAUAUGGUCUCUUGUAUUUUGUUGAAAUGAAAAUACUGUGUAUUACUUUAUUUUACAGGCCACAAACUGACCAUGAAGUCAUCCUGUGACCCUCUUUGGCCACAUGACUAGAGGCCACAUAAUUAGAGGGUGGGUUUUUUUGUUGUUGUGAAGUAAAGGGUUGGACUGAAUUUCCCCCAAAGUGCAAGUUGGAGAGUGUUUAAUCUUUUUUCUGCUGAAUUACAUUGGUAUAAUUACCAACUCAACUCCAAGAAUGUGUAUUUACAAUAUUUGCUGUGUAAGUGCUAGUAAUUAUAUGGUUAUAUGUGCCAUGUAAAAUAUAGUGAUAUCAAAAAAUCUGUUGUUUCAAAUGUUUAGAUUCCAGAGGAUAAUCCUUAUAAUCAUUAGAAGGGCUUAUUCAAUCCCAGCACUAUCCAGGGCAAACUCACUGGUGGACCCGAAUACGUAAGAUACCAUUAGAGCACUGGGGUUUGGAUCACUGCAUUAGGGUUUUUGUCUCUCAGUGUUCCUUCAUCUUGCCAUGCUUCUGCAUGCAGAGUCUCCAUUGACUUGAAAUUGAGAUGGGCAAAGGAAGAAGUCCCCAGACUCCUUCCAGCCAGCUACAGGCUUGGCACAUCUCACCAUCGGAAACAGGCUUCCUCAGGUCUCUCACCUGUGGCCAACUUCACUUUUUAAGACACAGAUUUUUAACUCUUCCCAGGGAAAACUCAUGUCACUGCAGAAGUAGGCUAAGGCAAACCACCCACUCCUGCUGAAAUUCAGUAGGGCCUAUGAAAGCAUAAAGCUGGAGGCUGGGUCCUUGCAUUCUCCAACCCAGAAAGGAAUCUAAUUCCAAGAGUCUAGGAAAUGGUGCUAUUGUGAGUUAGUUCUGAACCUUGUCCUUCUGAGUUUUCAGUGUUAAAAUAGAAAGUGUAGAGCAGGGGAGCUUUUGAGAGGCAGUUAGUCAUUGCUUCUCUGUCAAUUAAGAUGUUACCGCGUGCACAUAGGGCACAUUUUCAGGCCACAGUUCCAUACCUGCCAUAGGAUAUUGUGUGGCAGGGCUUGGGGCUCAUUUUGUUGGGAGGUCAACUUUCUGAUACUAAGAACUGUUGACUCGAGUGCUCUUUUCUAGCUUACUAGCAGUUGGAAAUGACACAGUGGAGUUGAACUCCCAGUGUUCACAGCCAAACAUUUGAAAAUGUAGCCAGGUUACAGAUGGGCACGUAUUGGUGGUAGUGAAAACACAGGGUAUACAAGAACUUGAAGAGGCCCAGACAUGCAUCUCCCUCCCAUGAUAGAAGAGAGAGCAGUAGAGUAGGGAUAGUUAUAAAUGCAUCCAAAUUGAUUGUGUUUCAGUUGAGUUGUGUAUAGUUAAUGGAAGGAGAAAGGAGACAGAAUGAGAGGAGAAAUGUCAAGACUCAGGAAGAAUUGGCAUGUAUCCUAUCAUCAAAUGGCAGAGAUUGUUUUCAAUGAGUAGUUGUAGAUGAAUUUAUACAACCAAAGCUCCCAUUUGAUUGUAAUCUUGCCAAAAUAUAAUGGACAUAUAAAUGAACUUGGGGUGUAAGCAAUAAUAUCUACUAGUGUUGUUAUCAACUACUAUAACCAAGUGGCUGGUUCAUUUGGUUGAUGCUGAUUAUGGCCUUUAACCAUGGUGGUUUGUUUUGUGUUUUUGUUUUUGUUUUUCACGAAAAACCAAUAAAAUUGUUAUAAAAUGCC